AUGCCCGACUUCCUGCACGGCUCGUACGCGACCGCCGACAUGUUCUCGGGCACCCCCGAGGGCGACGAGAAGAAGAACAAGUACUUCUCGGGCUUCCCUGCCAUCCCCCACACCCAGUCUGAGCAGAUCGGUGCUGCCCUCGCCGAGAUCAAGGCCAAGUACCCCCACGUCGGCACCGUCGGCUACUGCUGGGGCUGGAAGGCGACGACCACGGCCAAGGACGUGAACGACUUCACCGCGAUUGCGACUUGUCACCCCUCCUUCAUCGACGUCGAGGACGCCGAGAAGGUCAACGUGCCCGUCUGCCUCCUCCCCUCCAAGGACGAGGACAAGAAGACGGUCAACGAGGUGUACGAGCGGCUCGAGAAGAAGAACCCCGGCCAGAACACGCUCAAGUGGUACGACAACGACGUGCACGGCUGGGCGGCUGCCCGCGGCGACCUCUCGGGCAACGAGCACACCAAGGCGUACCAGGAGGCGUACGCCGACCUCCUUACCUUCUUCAAGGCCAAGCUCUAA